UCUCUAUACCACUCUUCAUUCAGAACAAGAGGAGAUUUGUCCUGAUCCUCAGCCUGUUUAAGUCAAAUGUGAUGUAUUCUGCUCAGACCAGGCACCACCUUUUAAGACCAUUUCCAACAUCAAUAGCAGGACAAACAGGAUGAAGAGGGGACUGCAGAUAUAGUCAUAUACAAAUUGUUUAAAGGAACCAGGUUGGUUUAUUCCAGAGAAGAGAUUUGGGGGUAAAUCAUCCCUGUCUUCAAGGGUUUAAAGUACUGUUUGGGAUUAUAUUUGUUCUGUUUAAUCUCAGACGGCAGAAGAGUCCUAGAUAGUCAUGGGUAGAAAUUGAAGAGUCUGAUUUUAAUUUUACACAGAGAAGUACCAGGGCAGAAUGACUAUUGGGAAGUGGAUCAAGUUCAUAGGUAUUCCUCUUGGGUCUUUUUUGUUCCCAUGUUCUAAGAGAGAGAUCUGUUCUAUAGCAGAACAGUUUACUUGUGGAGGUAAAGAGGUCUUUAAUACUAGAGAUUUUUCAGUUGAGGUGUGAUAACAACCUUUUGGGGAUGUGCUAGAAGAAAUUGAUGCUUUAUUUGUGUAGGUAGUGAGUUCUUUAUCACUGGAGUUGAGGCUGGAUAACCACCUUUUGGGGAUAUGCUAGAGGAAAUUGAUGCUUUACAUAGAGAUUGGACUAGAUGCUUGCUGGAGUUCACUUGCAACUCUGAGAGUCUGAGAUUCAGCAAUAACUUUAUUUUUCUCAUGUCCUCCUCUGCCAUAGUCUCUAUGCUGGGGCAAAACCAUACCACAGUGACUGAAUUUAUCCUCAUUGGAUUCUCGCCAUUCCCUCAACUUCAGCUGCCGUUCUUUCUGCCGUUCUUUGUGCUCUUUCUGCUGAUGUAUUUAUUCACACUUCUGGGCAACCUUCUCAUCAUGUUGGCUGUAUGGCGUGAACAGAGUCUUCACAAGCCCAUGUACUUCUUCCUUUGUACUCUUUCUAUCUCAGAAAUCGCCUACACGAUGGUUAUUAAUCCCCGUAUGUUUGCUGAUCUGGUCUCCACUCAUCAUACCAUCUCCUUCUGGGGUUGUGCAAACCAGAUGUUUUUCACAUUUGCCUUUGGUCUCGCUCACUGCUUCUUGCUCACCAUCAUGGGCUAUGAUCGCUAUGUGGCCAUUUGCCAUCCCUUACGCUACAAUGUGCUUAUGAGCUCACAGGUUUGUGUUUGGCUGGUGGCUUCCUCGUGGCUAAGUGGUAUAGUCAUGGGGCUAGUGAUCACUCUUCCUAUUUUCAACUUGACCUUCUGUGGGCCUAAUGUGAUCCAUCAUUUCUUCUGCCAAGUGCCCCCUUUGCUGAAGCUAGCUUGUGGAGAUGCCUCAGCAGUGGCCAUAGGAAUUGGGCUGCUCUACAUCAUAGUCUUAUUAGGUUGCUUUUCCCUUAUAUUUCUCUCUUAUACCUUUAUUGCGGCUACCAUUUUGAAGAUUCCCUCAGCUGAAGGUCGACGCAAAGCCUUCUCCACCUGUGCCUCCCACCUUAUUGUGGUGAUUAUACACUAUGGUUUUUCUUCUGUUGUACACCUCAAAUCCAAGGCCUUAGAAGCCCUGGAAGGAGAUACCCUGAUGGGCAUUUCCUAUAGUGUUCUCACCCCCUUCCUGAGCCCCAUCAUCUUUAGCCUGAGAAACAAGGAACUGAAGGAUGCUCUGAAGAAAGUUCUCCUCAGGAGCCUAUGCCCCUCAAGACUAUAAUGAAUAUACUAUGUGAUGGUGAAGAAUUAGAAUGUGUUUUAUUUUUGA